AUGGUAACAAACGAUAUCAUCGAACAACAAGUGUAGCUACCAUCUCUAAACCAACUAUUUGUCUUAAUAGUAGAAAUUAAAUAAAAUAUAUAAGAAGGAUUAAAACAUAUUACUUAGUUAUGGCAGACAGGCUAACGCAACUGCAGGAUACCGUAAACCAACAAGCAGAGCACUUCUGCAAUGCUAUUGGUGUCAUUCAGCAGACAUCCUACCCCAGCAAGUUUGCAAAUUUUGACAGGACAGGCUCACAGACACCCUUACAAAACCCACCUCAGGAGGAUUAUGCUCAGCUUUUUGCACAGUUAAUAGCUCGAUGUGCUAAAGACAUUGAUACUUUAAUUGAGUCUUUGCCUAAUGAAGACAGUUCCAUUGAAUUACAAAAUUGUAGUCUUAAGCGACUAGAGUUAGAAAACCAAGAAACAGCUGAACAACUUGAACAAGUUGUUCAAAAAGGAGAACUUUUGCUGGAAAAAAUCCAGUCUGCUCUGGGGGACAUUGCUCAAGCACAAUUGGAUAUGCAAAUAACAUUAAAAACAAGUUCGCAAUAAACCGCUUGCAUGAAUAUA